GGGGGGUGGGGGUGGCAGGUGUGUGUCUGUGUGUCUGUGGUGUGUGUGUGUGUCCGUGUGUGUGUGUGGAGGCCAGUGUGAGAGUGUGUGUCGACCAGUGUGCACGCGAGGACCACCAGGCUCUGACACACGCACACAGACGUACACGCGGCAUGCUUUGGCGUCCUCCAGCACAGUGACCAUGGACGCCUCACACACACUGCUGCUGCUGCUGGGAUGGGUGUUGGUGUUGCUGUCUUCCGUAACCGGUCAAAGGUGGACGCCUCCGUCAGAUGUGGCACCGAAGGGAGGGGAGCGCCUGGACACCCAUCACUCGGUGCUCCCUCUAGUAAGAUUCGCGUGCGAGGGCAGGACUGAGGGGUACUAUGGGGACAUGGAUUUCGGUUGCAUCGUCUUCCACUACUGUGACAAGGACGGCCACCGCUUCUCCUUUAAGUGCGAUGAGGGAAUGAAAUUUAAUGAGGUGACAACCUCGUGCAGCGCAGGUUACUUCGGAGACUGUAGUCACCCACAGAUCUUGGGUUCCGCCAGACGCGAUGAGUCCACAAAAUCCACCAACGCUGACAGCAUAGUGAAAAUUCCAGGAUUUGUUAGGAAGGCUGAAAGGGAAGGCGUGAAACAGCCAAAAGGGGAGCCAGAACCAGUCAUCAAGCAUGAAGACCCAGCGCUCUACUCUGACAAUAACUACGAGCUCGACGACGCCGCAGACCAGGAGCCAGAUGCCUCCAACAGAGUCACCAGAAACAACAAUGUCAAGCGAUCAUGGGACAGCCCCAUGAUGUCUGCACUCUCAGCUUUCGCCUCCCUCGCCAACAUCCCCUUGGAUAACUCCAUGCUUGAGGAGGGCCACAGGGAAGGCCGUGGAAGGAACAUUGAUCACGUGGACCGCUUCGACACUGUGGACAGAGCAUUCGUCGCCCAUCCGUCCCCACAUCGCAGGACACCACACACACAGAGCAAUGUAGGGUUCAUGCAAUUGCCUUUCUUCCAGCCUGAGACAAAGAAAGGGAGACUUACUCCCCAACGCGGUCCACCGCGCACCCAAAGCAUUAACAAACCCCAUCAUCGGCGGCCCCAUCUAAGACCAGACGCCCAAGACCCAUACCUCGAACCUCCCCCACGGCACCAGCGGCCACCACAGCCCUUCCCGAUUGAUCCUAACUUUGACUUCCACAGUGAUGAUCGCCAUGAGUCAGUGCAAAGCAAACCCUCGGCAGGCUUUUUCCGGCCCUCGUCGCUGCUGAACAGCGGUCAGGACGAAUUUCAGCCUGUGACAGAGAGCAAACAGUCCCCGGCAGCUCGAGAGGCUGCUGAUCUCAUUCGUCCUCACAGGAACGCUCAAGGAGGUUCUAUCUCUACUACCUUCCAAAACUUUUCACCCGGACCUUCCCAUCAGAAUACUGCCACUAGGUUCCCAGCACAAAACACUUUCACUCGGCCGACCUCGUCAUCCAGACCUGUCCAGAACGUCCCUACAGGAUUCUUCACAGGAUCGCAGUUCCCUUCCACAGGCAGCUUCUUGUUCCAUCAGCCGCCUGUCCCCUCACUCGUUUCGAGUAGGCCAUUCCACCAUGUCCUACCAUCUGGAACGGGUUUCCACAGCACUCCUGCCCCCCAACUACAACAACAAGAUUCCUUCGGUUUUCAGCAUCAACCCCAGCAUCAGCAACAUCCUCGUCCUCAUCCUCAGCCAGGACAAACCAUUGUUCGACAAACACUACCAAGACCUGGCCAGUCCUUUAUUCAUCAGCCUCAGUCACACCCCCAGACAGCACCAAGCUCAAGUCAGUCGUCCACUCAAACGUUCGGUCGUCCCAAAGAGCCUCAGCCGGUGCACACCUUCAGCUUCUCUAAUCCGAGACAACCUCAGCCGCCACCCUUUUUACAUGGACAAAGCUUCACAACCCAGCCUUCCAUCUUCAGUCAGGGCAUCAACACCCCACCCGGACCACCGCAGUCGGUACAGACGUUUGAACGCCCAUCUACUGCCCCACAGCCAUUCAACGUCUUCAGUCUGGCUGAGGUCCCCUUACCUACUACAGACAGUUUUGAGAGACCAUCUUCUAGGCCAGCUUUCUCACAAUCGGACACUCGAGAACAUAAUAAUUUUGGAGUUUCCUCUCCAACUCCUUUCACAGAUGCAAUUUCAGAGUCUUUGGAUGACUUUGACUUCAGCAAUCCAGAGCUACAGCAAGAGAGUCCCCUGAGCCAGAAGGAAAUGAAACAACAACAACCAGCUCCUCCUGCCCGCCGGCCAUCAAACCCCUCCACACCCUCACGCACUUCCCAAAACCCUACUCGCCACCCAGAUUCCAGCUUCAAAGACACACCCAGAACCUCCACACACCCUGACCCACUGGAAGCCUUUGGCCACCCCUUGAAAGAAAGGACGAGAGGCAGGCCUGUAGAGAGGCCAGAAGGGAACCAAAGGCAGACCACUCAACGCAACCCAGUCAGUCACGUCACAGAACAGCAAGAGAGGCGAAGGCCUUCCAGAACACGACGACCUACCAGGCCGCUCGAUCCAACACCUCACACCGUUCAGAAGGAAGAGAACCAACCCUUCAGCCACUCUGGUGAAAGGCUGCCACAGGUACCAAGACUCCAACCGCAGCCCAUUGCUCCUGUUACUGAAAAAGACCCCUUCAUCAACCCAACUCCCUUCACGCCACACACGCAGGUACCAUUUACGCGAUUCCCGGGUGCAUUUGACAACCAACCAGGACAAUUUCAACCGUCUCCCGAUGUGUUCAACUUCCCCACAGGUGACAGGAGAGUGCCUGAGGGAUUUCAGCACCUGGGUAAUGAUAUCCCUUCUGACUUUAGUUUUCCAACAGGAGUGCAAGGAGAAGAGUUAAGCAGGGUAGAGGGAGUUGAAGAGGAUACUAAUGUUAUUCAGGGGCCUGAUGGUGGAAGUCAUGUGACUGAUGAGGAAGUCAUAUCCACCACUCCCUCCACGAUCCCCGACACCACUGCCAACACACCACCACGGAGGCGCCUCCCCAACAUCAGGACACGCCUGCGACAACGCGGCUCUUCUCGCACCACUACACCACCUGACGCCUUCCAGACAGAAGCUCCUGUCCAGUCCGAUUAUGAAUAUUUUGAUGAUUCUUUGGUCACCACUCAGACCCCAGCCACCGAAGAGACGCCAACGACUACUACGACUCUUUCACCGUUUAGGCAAAGGAUAAAGGACCGCUUGAAUCGUCUCAAGAACAGAAGGAGGCAGAGCAUUGCUUCCAGCACCACAACAAGACAGCCAAGCUCUGAGGAAAGCCCUUCACGAAGCACCAUCAGGCAGCCCAGUAAUGACCAGGAGUCUGUUCACUUGACUGGUACUCGAAUCAACUCUGAAGACGAAUCAGAUUCUGAUCAGACCACUACGACUGUUUCACCGCGACGCCGUCUGCUGAGACCUCGAGGAUUUGAUCGUAAAAGGUUCCAGAGUUUUAGAGAGAAACUGAGGAGCCGCAUCAGGGACAGGGUGGCCACGUCUGAGACACCUCACACAGAAGAAGAUACAACCAAAAUUCCAGAGACUGCUGAGGAAGAAGUAUCUCCCAGCGGGGGACGGGCCAGAAGACUUAAUAGGUUUAGGCCCAGGCCUGCUGAAGGUAAUGAAGAAAGUGUUCUUAUUGUUAAGGAGAUUCUGAGAUCCUCAGAUCAGGAUAUUCAAGAAACCACUCAGCUUGAGGUCUCGAAUAAGCCAGAAGAAGAGCAGACUGGGGACCAUCCUGAAGGAGAGGACUCACCGGUUCUGGACGAAUCAUUUGGAAGAAAAGCGGCAGACAGCAAAAGUACCUUCGAUGUUCAGGAAGAAGGUGAGGCCAAUCAGCAGACGCCCCCGAAUCCUGACGCACCCCGUCGGCCCGGAUUCCUUGGUAGAAGACUCGCUGAUCCUAACAUAAGGGCGCGUUUCAGGGAAUUCUUGAAGAACAGGAAAAACAAACUCAGUGCCAGGUACCGAACGACUGAAGUCCCAAGAACGUCAAAGGAGCCGGAGCAAUCUGAAGUGGACACAGAAGAGCAAACUCCUGCAGCUACAGAAGAGAAGCCACAGUGGGCAGGUAGGCCGCCAAGCUCACACCAUGACGCUGAGAGGAAACAAGAGGAACAGCAGCGUGAGGAGGCGAUGAAUGACGACGCAGUGCUGAAAGAGAGGGCAGAGAGGUUUGAACAGAGACGAAAAGAGCUGCGAACCAAGCUGCUGGCUCGUAGGAACGAAGAGAGGCUUGCUCGCAGAAUUCCAACCCAAUCCCCCAAGAAUCAAGUUCCGAGUGAAGCCGUGACGAAGGAUGAGAGCGAAGAUCCUCCUCCUUUUGGGAUGAAACAAGAAUCUGAGGACCCACCUACCAGGAGGGGUGAGAGGCCCAUGCAAAAAGUUAUAUCUAUUGACGGGUUCAGGCCCAUCAUAGAAACACCACCAGCACCACCCACGCCCUUGCAUUCAAAGCCGUUCCAGGAGCCGGAGAUAAUCACUGCGCCGCCUGCUUCUGAAGAUGAUGAUAUGACAAUGCUGAUUAAGGUUUCUGCUAACUUUGGCGGGAAGGAGCAGCCGAAGGAAGUAACAAAAAUCCCGCACAGUGACCUGCCUCCUCUCUCUACAAUGAUCGUCCGUGAGAUAGGAACAGGGCGCUCCACCACUCCGGCACCGCCAUCGUCAACGCCGAAGACCGCUACGUCAGAAGCUUCCUCUCAGGACGCUACUGAGGAAGACUUAGCAGAACAGCAGGAAGGUUCUGAAUCACAACACGCUCCCGUAUUGCUUUCAGUGCAAACGGUUCCAGAUAAGGCUCCUUUACACACUGACAUGGUUUUGGCCCUUUCCCAGGCCACAGCAUCUACCACAGAAUCACCCUCGCCCUCAUCCACUCCAAUGACUGAAGCUCCGACGCCCUCCUCUCCAGAUUCGACACAAACCAAACAUGUCUCCAAGCCUUCCUUCAACUUGGCAGCUGCCUUUACACGGCGCAGCAACCUGGACAAAGCAGUGAAGGGGGACAGUGAAGAAACGGAGAGCGUGUCAGUAACGCCGGUGCCGCACUUUGCCAUCACCAUGGCGACGGGGGCACCGCUCCUUCCGCUGGAGAUGUUGCUGCCACUGGCCAACUCUCGGUGAGAUUGUGGACCGGCCAUCUCUCGUCUUCCAUCUCAAAGGGUCGGCCCAAGGGAGAGCCCCCACCCAUGUGCUAUUCCGGGCUUUAUCGUAAAAGACAUAAGAUGACUGAGCAUGGCACCUCGACACCGCCUGUGCCCGAAGUAACCCCUCCUCUCGCUCCCCAAACAUCCUGCCUCCUCGUCGGCACGAACCCUCCUUCAAAAAUGAGUAGCAGCGCCAGUCUUCCUUCGGUCUGCAGCCGCCACGUGGUGGUGAGCUGAGGCAUGACGUGAGGGAGGCGCUUGUGCAGACAGACAGACUGCUACUGAUUACCGUUAACAUUAUUUUUGUAAUUACUUUUUAUCUUUAUCAAAAUUUAUUAUUAUUAUUAUUUUUUAUUAUUAUUUUAUUAUUAUUAUCAUCAUAACAAUAAUAAUUGCUGUUAUUGCUAUUAUCUCUUCAGUUUUUUUUUUUCAGUCUCUUAUACACGAGUGUUACCAAAAUAAUAAGAAAAUGGUUUGGGAAACAACGACUUAUUCCACCAAAGUGACAGUCACAUCCACCACACAGCCACACCAGUCUCCCGCUCUAUCCCCACCUUGGCCCACUCAUCACUACUCGGGCUUCCUGGUGCCUCUCGUCCACCAUGCAGUGCCCAUCUCUUGAGGAAAAGCCUCAAGUUAGCCACUGGCUAACUGGUCUCCCGAUUGUGGUGGAUGAGUGUAGCGAUUGAAAGAACUGCUUGGAAACACAAUGGGAGCUCAUGAGUUUGUGUGUGUUAUAUAUGUGGGGCGCAAUCCUGACGCCUCCAGAGCUUGCCGUGGACAUCUCUCCACCAUCCCUUCACGGUGCUUUAGGUGGAGGCACAACUGGCCUGCGGAGAUGGCUGGAGCGAUAAUCGUUAGUGGUGGGGUGAUGAUGGAAGGUUAUGGUCGUAUAAACAGCCAUAAAGAAUUAGCUACGAGUGUCUGACUGGCUCUGAUAUAAACUCUUGUUAUGAUCAGGCCUUGCUGUGGUCACAAGCCUCGUUCCGUUACCUGUCAGGUCUCCUUGAAGUAGCUAACUAUUAUUGAGGGUUCCUGUCACUCUCCUAUCCAGCUCAGUCCAGAUUACAGGCUUCCGAAGACGACGAUGAUGAUGAAAAUGAUUGAUGAUUAUAUUGAUUAUGAAGAUAUGUGUCGUUUUCGUAGUGCUUAUGGGUGUAUAUUACGUCGCACGGACACAACUGUUGGUCAUAUAUAUAUACCGUAGUGUGUAUAUCAAUGCCAUACAAAUAUUUAAGGCUGUAAAUGUAAAAAGUAACCAUAUAUGUCCUGUGUCAUAACUUAAGGCAGUGGCCAUCUUGUACUUUUUUUUUUGCUCCUUCCUCUGUCAUUAUUAUACCAUUUAUGCAACCAUCUAUCUCCCAUAUGUAACAAUGUUUUUAUAUACUAUUACGUCCCUGCCCCCUCUCUCUCUCUCUCUCUCUCUCAUCCCUUACACCAAAUCCUCUUUUUUUAUGUAAAUACAGACAAGAGAAGCCAUUUAUUCUCACGUAUUUAUUGUAUACACAUAUCACACUUUUGUACAAAUAAAAGCCGCCGUUGCUGUCA